AUGCAAUUUACAGAAACCCUACUGUCUUCAGAUGAUGCAAGUUUUGAGCGUCUGUUGUUCGAUGAAGUUAGAACACAGGCUCUUGAAGUAUGUACUCCUCAAGUUUUCAAACCUUCGGAAAAUAUAUCAACCGAACCAUUUGGUGAGAGUGACUUCGAGUCAAGCAAAUCAGAAUACGCUGCCUUAGAACGGACAUUGUUUCGUAGUUUUGAAUUAUUCAUUGCUGGGAGGGAAUUCAUCAAAACUCAGGAUGCGGGUGAAUGUGCCGAUCAACUUGAAGCUUACUUGCAAUCUGUAGCUCCGAGUGAACAGGGUAUAUGUGGUCGAAUAUUUCAAGCCAAUGAACCAACCUAUUGUUGCAGGGAUUGUGCAAUUGACUCAACCUGUGUAUUAUGCAGGGGCUGUUUCUUCAACAGUGCUCACAUUAAACACAAUUACAAAAUAAGUACAUCCAUUGGUGUUGGCUAUUGUGAUUGCGGAGAUCCUGAAGCUUGGCGUUCAGAUGCUUGGUGUAAACUUCACAAAAACACAUCAAAAGGUGAAGGAACUGAAGAGAACAACUUAUCCAAACUUACUGAUACUGAAAAUACAGAUGUAAAGUUACGAGCUGAACUUGAAAAUCUCCGUCGACGAAUUAAUGGUCUUCCAAGUGAUAUUGUUAUGCGUACUGGGAAAUUAUUAAAACCUUUAAUAAAGAGUGCGAUUCUUUGUCUUACUGAUUUAAUUCAAGGCACACCUCGUCUAUCAACUGAACCCUUGAGUAGUCGACUGCAUCAGGAAAAAUGUCCAUUGAGUGAAGACGGUGAUGAAAAACAAACGACUGUUGAUUUAUGGUCGACAGACGACGGUGUGGUUGAUUAUAAGAUGGAUAAUGAGAACUCAUGGGAUGAUUGGCCACCUCCUUUAUCGCAUGUCCCACUUGUCUCACCUAGUGAAGAUGCUGCAAAGCUAGGGCAGGACUCCUGGCCAAGAACUGCUCCCAAACGUCGUUCUGCAGUAGAUGUAGAGGCCAGAUGCUUAGCUCAGUUAGAACGAGCUAGGAAGUAUCAUCCUAGAUUAUUUCCUCCACGACCUAUGCGUACAGCUUCUGAGCGAACCGCAGCUUCUCGAUCAUUUUUAGUUUUACUUUACAACAAUGAAUAUCACAAUUAUGAGCAGGUUAUCAAAACGUUAAGACGUGUGCUGGAUUGUACAACUCAACAGGGUACACAUUAUGCGGUGCUUGUUAAUUGUGAUGGUCGUGCAGUUCUUCAAACAAACCUCACCGCUUCGCAAGCAUCUAAUUUGGCAUCAAUUUUGAUGCGUACAUCUACAAGUUUAUCUACACGUCCAAUAAAUUGUGCAGCUCAACAUACGGAUGUUUAUUCAAUGGAAGUAUUUUUCACAUUAUUUAUUCGUUGGUUACGUCGUUUCUGUGAUCAAGUACCUAGUUUACGACCGAUUAUUUGUCAUGCUAUCUUGGGUCAUCUACCAGCUGAUAAAAAUGGUAUCGAUGUUAGUGAAUCAAGUCAAUCAAAUGAUAUAUUGCCAAUAUUACUCCCCGGGGAAAUUGUUGAACAAGAUUCAUUUUUAAGUCAUAUAUUGGAACGUCAUAGUUUAACAUGGAGAUCUGUUCGACAAGAAAUGUUACGUCUUAUUAUGAGUGUACUCCUAAAAGAUAAUUUUUAUCGAUGUGUAUUUGCAAUUAAAUUUACCAGAUCCUAUUCAUCGUUAAUUCAAAAUCAUAUUUAUGAUGAUCAUUUAGUUGGAGACAGUUUAUGUGGUCUAAGUUGUCAAUUUUACACUGUUAUCAGUUUGGCACGUCAACUUUUAGAGCAGAACAAUAUUUUGACACGAUUAAUUUCUCGAUUAACUAGUGCAUUUCAAGUUAAUUCAAUUGUUUUACCUGAUUUUUAUUCACAAACAAAUAAUCAAAAUAUACCUGCUGAUAUACAAGAAGAAUUAGCUAUAUCUAAUUUCAAUACUGACACAAAUGUAUCAUGGGUUAGUGCUGUUCUUGACCUACUUAGACGUUUGAAUCCAUUCGAAUGGGGUUCAUCAGCUGGAUCUCAUAUGAACAAUCUUACAAUAUCAUCAACUAGUAUGAAUCCAAUAAAUUGUGUCCUUCCAGAACCGCGUGUUUUAUCAUGGCAAGCUGGUAAUACACUUGCUCGCUCAUUAUUUCAUCCAUUUGAACGAUUAUUUCAUGUUAUACGUGAUGUGGACUAUAUUCUGGCAAGCUUAACUAAUGUUCGACCUAUUGUUAUAGAUAAUGAUGGUAAUUGUUCAAUUACUUGGUGGACGGAAGCUGCAAGAUCUGCUUAUCUUGAUUAUAUAAGACAAUUUUUAUCAUUGCUUAGUUUUAUACAAGAUAUGAAUGGUAUGCAACGUGAAACACAAAAUCAUGUUGAAGAGGAAUUAGAAUGGGCUAGUGGAUUUUAUAUCAUGAGUUUAUUAGUUAGUCUACUUGGCCUAACUGUCCAAGUGGCGAGUUCAGAUUAUGAACUUUACAAUUUGGUAUUACGUGAAGUUCGUCAGGUCUUUGAAACACGUAUUGGUAUAAUGGAUCGUCGCUUUCGUAUUAAACCGUUAACAAUAGAGCUUAAACGUGAUAACAAUGAUGAAUCUAAUCAAGCUAAUAACAAUGUCAUUUCGAAUAAAUUAAAUUUCCAUUCACUUGGUGUCACAACGGAAGUGUAUGUGUAUGAUGUAUCAGUGUAUCGUUUAAGUUUAUUACAACCGAUUCCCCGAUUAUUGGCAAGUUUGUAUGGACAUGGAUUAGAAAUGGGAUUGAAUUUUGAAAGCUUGGGUUUAUUAGAUCAGGGAUUUGUAAAUCUGUUGAUUGAAAGACCGUUGCAAAUAUUUGCAUUUUGUGCUCAAUGCAAUGCUAAAAUGUGGGUUCGUAAUGGAUUCGCUGUUCAACAAUCUAUGACGAAUCUAUUCAGUCCAUCAAUACGUGUUGAAUUAGUUGAUCGUGAUCUACAAUUAUUACAAAUUGCUAGUUGUGUUCUACCACCAGAUGAAUUUAUUGUUCGUUUAAUACACAAAUUUCAUUUGGGUAAUUAUUUAAAGACCGAUGUCUCAUCUAAAGAACCCGGUCUUGGUCGUGUACAUGCAGUGGAAAUGUUGUUACGCGUAAUAUUGGCAUGUGUUUCUAAUCGUUCACGUCCUUCAAUCGGUUAUUUUACCAAAGACUACUACAUGAUGAACGAUUCUAAUAAUAAACUGUUGAGUUGUUUGGAUGAUAUCCUGAUUGACACUGAAUCGGAAAUUUACUAUCCCAGCCUAAUAAAUGAUGUGAUACAUACAUUAUGCCUGAAACCUUUAAGUUAUAGUGAAUUAUUAUCCGUUCUUCCAUAUCAAAAUGCAAAUAGUUUAUUGUUAAGAAUUCCAACGGAACAAUCGGAUUCAACACAUCAUCAAUCAGAUCAAUCAGACCAUGAAAUGAGCACAGAAGAAAUACAACAAUCUUCAACAUCAUGUUCUAUAGAUUUGGGCUCCAGACCACCAGUUUUACCAGCUUCAAUAUCAAGAAGUGCUAAUAAACGUGCUAUAGAAAACGCAUUACCUAAAAUAUUACGUAAACUAGCCGUACAAUCAUCAGUGAAUAACCGUACAGUGUUCAGUAUACGACCAGAAUAUAUGGCAUAUCGAUUUAAUCGAUUUUAUUGGGGAUAUAGACAUCCGGAGCAAACAGCAGCUGAAGCAAAUGUUUCUAAAUGUUUAAAGAAAUGGAUUCAAGAACAAAAUAAUGUUGAUUUAAAAAAUCUUCCAAUACCACCACCGGCUCCUCGUCCUUUACACAAAUUUACACCAUCUGUUUAUCCUGGUCCAUUACAUAUUAUUCAAUGUGUUACAUUUGUACGUCUUAUUAAAACAUUAUUAGAUAUUGCCUAUUCUCAUGGAACAUCAGCCUCAUGGUGGUCACAUAGUCUACUAGAUUUGUUACUACAUUUGAUUACUGUCGCGCUGUAUGAAGAUGAAUUAAGUGGGAGUAAAACUGGUUCAUAUCCGUUUUUGAUAGCCGUUACCCGUGUCCCAGAACAUAGUGAAUCUGAUUCUGAAUUAAAAGAGCUUGCACGUUCCGGGCAUUGGUUACAGUCAGCUACAAUCGAUAAAUCUGUUUUGUGCACAGUUUUAAACAAUAAUUGUAUAACUUCUCGAUUGGUACGCAUAUUGAAUUCUACAUAUCACGAUGAUCAUUCAGAUUUGAUUAGAUGGACUUUGGAUUAUUGGAAUAAAGUUGUACAAAGUAUGACAGGUGAACAACAGUUUGUUCAUAAUCCUUCGUCUGAAUUUGGUGAAGUAAAGAAGGAACCUUCAUCUUAUCAGUUGUCAAGUGCACUAGUCAAACAAGAUCGUGCAGAAAAAGCGCGGGCUCGACGUGCACGAAUUAUGGCACGUAUGUCAAAUAUGCAAAGAAAUUUUAUGGAUUCUUUAUCACAGAAUGAGGGAACUACUAAUGAAGCUGAAUUAAUGGAUAUUGAUUCUCCUGAAGUGAUGAACAAUACUGUUAAUCAGUCAACAAUAACACAACCUGAAUCAGUCAUUUUGACUAUAGUACAACAAUGUGCACUUGGUCCAACAAGAUCUCUAGGUGGUGCUGCUUUCAUUAUAUCAGAUGCAUCAGUUUUACGAGGAAUGGAUAGUUCAAGUCUACAAAAUAAUGAAUUAGUAACUUGUAAUUUAUGCUUGGAAGAAGUAACAGAACAUGCAUCGAAUCGAAUGGUUAUGGCUGCGCAUGUUUGCCGAUCUUCUGUACUAUCUUCACGUGGUAUUGGAUGGUUAGAAGGUCCUGUCACAAUGUCUGUCAUUGAGCGUUUAUGUGUUGAAAAUGAAAUGAUUGAUUCAGAAUCCUCAACAGUUGUUGGUAACCAUCCAGUGCAUUACGAUAAAGUAUUUCCUGCUAAAAAAAUUCAUAAUGAUGACAAUCAGCUUAUUCCUUUUCUGGCAUCAGUAUCGACAACAGCUGCGGCUAAAUGUGCCGGUUCUUCAAGAAUGGGGCUUCGAAUUAUUCCUGAAUUAUUAUCUGGUAUACGAUGUCUAGAGCUACGAAAGGAUACUUCUAUGUCAAUUGAUUUCACAAAUAAAAAUGCUCUUGGUCCUGGCUUAAUUGAUCAAUUACUUGAUAGUUAUGGUCUAUCAUCAGAUCAAGAUAUCAAUCAUUCAUUUAUAUUAGAUCCUUGGCAUCCACGACCUUUAGUUUCUAGUCGUGAUCCGAUUUCAGAGGAAGGAUCUUUUUUCACUUUUUGUUCACAUCCCAUGCAUGCUGCAUGUAAAACAAAAUAUGCAAGACAGAUAAAAGGUCGAGUGGAUCAUCUAAAUCGCAGUCGUAAUUCAUCAAUGGUGGUAUUUGAAUUUCGUUGUCCAUUAUGUAAAUGUAUAUCUACAUUGGAUUUACCAAUGUUAGGUCCAAUUUAUUUAGAUCUUCCUACUGAAUGGUUAAAAUCACGAUUAUUAUCUUCGAAUGAUGAACAUUUAAAUCAAUCCCGGUCUGUCACUUCUGUUGCCAACACUAAUACUUCUACUAAUAAUGCUAAUUAUAAUAAUGAUUUUCAACCAUUAAGUUCUUGGCUACGUAAUCUUUCACGUUGGUUAGAUAUGUCGUCAGAUAUAAAUGAUUUUAUUUUGGGUCCAUUAUUCCCAUCUACUUUAACUGGACAUACAUCAAUUGCUGAUCGUUUACAAAAUGCGUCAACUACUGUAGACUCAACAUUAGAAGAUUAUACAUUUUGGAAUUUUGGAAAUAUUAUCUCAUCAGAUACAAGUGUAAAUUACUCUUGUCCUUCUACUUCUUCUCCAUCAACAUCAUUACCGUCAUCAUCAUCAUUAUCAGUUGAUAUGGAUAUUGAUAAUAAUCCACCGAGUGCAAAACUUCUGGCAUUCAGUGAAAACUAUGAACUUGCUUCAAAAUUAAUUAAUUCCAUAGUGAAACGAAUAAAAUAUAGUUUAAUUGUACAAGAUAAUGAAAAUGAUAAUUAUAAUAAUGAAACGGGUAAUAAUAAGAAAAAUUCAAAAGUUACUUUGAAAACUACUGAUUGCGGAGUUAGUAGCAGUGGAAGCAGUAGUUUAAAUCCUUUAAGUCGACAAUUUUGGACAUCUAGACGCUUUUCCAGACGUUCUACUUCAGAUAAUGACAAUACCACGAUGAACUCAUCUAAUUCCAGAAGCAAUAAUAAUAAUAAUGCUAAAGUUAGUGGAAACACUUUAAGGAACCUGUUACCGCCACAAUCUUCAUCUCUUUUAGUUUCCACAAAUUUAUUUACGCUAGUUCAACGAUUAGCUAGUUUAAGUCAACCGAAAUCACUGGAUACACUAGUACAACGUCCAAGUGGUCGGCGUGCUGCUGCUGCUGCUGAGGUAGUUGUUAAUAAUGGACCAACAAUUCUUUCUCUACCAAAUGAAAUUAAUGAAGAAGACGAUGAUCAAGUUGUAGCGUUUGUUGUCGCAGAUACAGAAAUUCAAGUCAAUCUAUAUCCAACUGACAAUGAUGCACCUACAGUGCCUGGUUCAAAUAUUCAAGUUCUGGUCACACAAACAGAAUAUAAUCCAUCCACUACUUCUACUGCUUUUAGUAGUAGUUCAGCAAUAUCAACCACAUCUAAUCACUCUCCUGUUAAACAAUUAUCACAAACUGUUCCAUUCGAUGCCAAUUUAAGUCUUUCCGAAGCGAUUGAACGUUUUCACUUAGAUUUUAUGAGUUUCUAUGAACGUUUACGUACACUCGGCUCAUCUAUACCACAUACUACAACUAUUAUAUCGUAUCCAGUAACACCAACAGUGGGACUAUCAAACUCUACAAAACCUCAAAUAUCUGAUCGUGUAACCAAAACUACAGAAGAUAUUAAUCAUAAAAUUAUUGUCAAUUCUCAUAAUUCUGCUAAACAUUAUCUGGAACGUGUUGCACAACGCGCUCGUAAUGUAAUUUGGUCAGCUGCUUGUGAAUGGAGAUCAUUGAGACAUAGUGUGGCGUAUACAUUGAUUGGGUCCGAACGUACUUUAAGGUUACGUGGUUGUCACGAGCAUUUCUUUAAUGGUGGCUUGGCAGAACGAAGAAUUCAUGGACUUGGACAUUUGUUAAGAGCUUCAUUCGCAGCACAUUCUCGUCAUGCUGUUGUUUCACGUGGUUGUUCAUUGUCAUGCAAUGCAAGCGAUUGUAAGACAUCAGGACAUCGAUAUUGUUGGUCACAAUUAAAAACUCACCCUAUUCAUUGGUGGUGGUGGUCUUAUUGUGUUCCAUUUGAUGUUGUACCAAAAUCACAACUAAAAGAUAUUCCAAACGGUUGUCGUUUAAAUAAUCCACCAACUAUAUUGGACGUAGCUGAAUCAGCUGUAUGUGUUGCAGCAACAGAAGAUGCUCGUUUCCUGUGGCGUUUAUUACUUCCACCAUUGGAAAAUUACGCUAUUGGUAAUCCUAGCAUAUCAGCUGGUGAUUCUUCUUCACAACAACAAAUAAGUCAACAUAAUUCAAUGUCUCCUAUGUCUAAAAUGCAUUGUUCUUUACAUUCUUUAUCUGUGAACAGUCAGUCCACUACUAGUCUUCUUUGGGAUGUGGAUAUUACAUCGUUGUUUAUCAGUCUGUUACAUUUACGUCCAGGUCUUGAAGAAUUCAGUGUGCAUGAUUGUCAAUGUACACGUUUAGCCAGUGAAGCUGAUGCUGAUAUCACAUUUGAAUCUGGUGCAGCUUCAUUGGGUGCUCAUUUAUUGGCUUGUGAUGAAGGAAGAAUACGUCAACCAAUUGGUGAUAGUCAUGAAUCACAUUUAUUACGUUUAUGUUAUACAGCAUUGUUAGUACAAACAUUAUUAGCAUGGAAUCCUAAUAUGAAUUGUUUAAAUUAUCUAAAAAAGCAUAAACUUAUACCGGAUUCGUGUACAUGGAAUGAUGCUUAUACAAAAUCAGCUCAUUGGAAUACACCUCAGUUGAUCGAAGUAUGGCGUUUACUACGUGAUCUAUCCGGUCUUUCUACAAUGAAUUCAUCAUUUUCUAUUAAUGAUGAAAAUCAUGAUCCGCAAAUUAUGGCUCAAUCGUUAGGUUUAUUUUUACGUGCGAAUUGUCUACCAUUUCUACGUAUUGCUGCUUUUGUUAUACAUAAAAUUACAGGUGUCGAUGUGCCAAGUGAUUUGCAUCAGUCAACCAAUUCAUUAGCAAAUACUAGUUCAGAUACUAUGAAUGAACAUAGUCUACUGUUAGCUUACUUAGGCUUACCAUUAACGCCUAGUGAUUUGUUAAUCUUGUUAACAUCACCUGAAUCCAACUCGUUCAAUGGAUCACCAUCAAACACAACAGCACCAAUAUCAUCUUCAUCAUCAUCGUCGACAAACUCGUUGAAUUUUAUUCAACCUGAGAAAUUAUUGCAUAUUUCUUUGUUAUCCGAAUCAUUAUGGUUAGCACGUUUAAUAACAAGUUGGUGUUUAACUGGUCGUCAGUCAUUAAGUCGUCAAAUUUAUCAAUCAUUAUACAAUCGUUAUGUAAACAACGACAAAACAGACAAUACAUUAUCAAUAAUACAUGAUUUAAUCCCUUAUCCAAAUGCACAUUUACCAAAUUUAAUUCAGUUGCCAAAAGAAUACACUAAUUUGCUGUUAUUGGCUACAGAUAUGGACUGCCAUGCAGAAGGUCAUACACAUAGUGAUUUGAGUUUAUGUCUUGUUUGUGGACAUUUGGCUUGUUUAUUCUGUUAUGGUUGUCGACAAUUUGAACAAAAAACUGAUUCAAGUAUAUUUGGUAGUGGUACAAGUACAACAAUAAUUUCGAACAAUAAUAACAGUAGUAGCAGUAGUAAUAAUAAUCAAGAGUUUGCUGUCUAUCGUAUGCAAGCUCAUUCUAGACGUUGUCAUUCUGGCUAUAGUCUCUUACUGCGUAUUCAUUCAUGUCGUGUAAUUUUAUUGUCAGAUCAAGCCAGACGAAUUACUGAGAUGCCUGCACCAUAUCGAGAUUCUUUUGGUGAAACUGAUCCUGAUUUACGCCGUGGAAAUCCUCUAUUUCUUGUGGAAUCUGAAUAUGAACGUAUUAAUCAGUUAUGGAUUAGUCAUCAAUUGGCCUCCAGUACAUCAUCUGAUUUGAUUACACCUUCAAAUUUGCAAUUUGUUCAAAUCAAAAUGUCUUCUAAUCCAAGUCAAAAAUCAUCGAAAUUAACAAAAUCCAGUUUUAAAGGAUUAUCUCGAUCAAAAAAACAUAAAAAAGGUAGAAAAGACAAAGAAAAAGUUGAAGAAGUAGAAGAACAAGAAGUAGAAAAAGUAAACCAACUUAAUAUUUUAGAUACUUCAUCUAAAACAUUAAUUACCAUUCAAGAUUCAUUAUAUAAUCAAUCAAUGGAAAAGAACUCUUCAUUGAAUGCGUUAAAUUCUAUGGAUUUACAACAGACUACUAAUACUACUACUAAUAAUAACUGCAUAAACAAUGAGAUAGUUACUAGUUCUAUUACUGGAGUUACUAUUUCAUUGAAUACACACGAAAAUAUUCUCAAUAAUAAUGAUAAUAAAUCAAAACAGAAAAUUAAGAAGAAAGAGAAGAAACAAUUAAAGUGUACUACUACUAAUACUACUGAUUCAAUGGACAUGGUUUCUCAAUCAAAUUUACAUCAUUCUAAUUCAAUUAAAAAUAAAAAGAAACGUGGCUUGAAAUUACACUCACAUAGUAAAUCAACAAAAAAAGAACAAACAAAAACUGUGAAUAAAACUAUUUUUGGAAUGCCUUUAGAUAUAGCCUGUAACAGAAAUCCUAGUCAUGAUGGAAUUGUACUGCCAGCGUUUUUUCGUCAUUGUAUCGAUUAUAUUGAACAGUAUGGUUUAAGUUCUGAAGGAAUUUAUCGUGUACCAGGUGUACAUUCACAAGUACAAGCAGUAAUUUCUGCAAUCGAUAAUGGUAUAGAAUUUCCAGAUAUUCCGCCGACAUCAGCUGCAUUUUAUUGUAAUCAAGCUAACUAUACUAAACAACGUUCUAGUCAUUUUCAAAUUGGAUCCGAUUCUAAUUCUAAAGGGAAAAUACGACAUCUAAGCUCAUCUCAUUCUAAAUUAAAAGAGCAAAAUUCUCAAUUAUCAUCCCAUAAAACUUCAGAUUAUCGUGGCAGAAAUAUUCCUACACCGACUAAUUUUAUUACAGGAGCAUUUUGUGUAAAAAAUUCCAAUUCACCAGUGAAACAAACUUCAACUAUAUUAACUAAUAAUAAUAAUAGUAGUACAAGUCCACAGACAACAGGAAUCACUAUACUACCACAUGAUCCAGCUGUUAUUGCCAGUGUUGUAAAACAUUUUCUACGUAGUUUACCUGAACCAAUUUUAACUAAACGUUUAAGUAAUGUUAUUGAAUCAUUAACUACAGACAAUGUACAAUUCUAUCAUAAUUUAUCUGUUUUAAUACAUCAAGAAUUGCCAACAUCAAAUCGUUAUUUAUUAGCAUGGAUUAUACAACAUAUGAUGCAUAUUAUUGAUAGAGCUGGUGAAAAUCGUAUGACAUUAGCUAAUAUUAUUAUUGUUUUAUCACCAUGUUUAGGCAUAAGUCAUCGUUUAUUGGGUAUAUUAUUAAAUCCUACACCACCUAAAGAUUUUACUUUGGAUCUAUGUAAAUUAGAUCCUGAAUUGCCUACAUUCAUGACGAAUAAUAUUGAUCCGAGUACUUGGCAUUGGUUAUUUCCUCAUCCAAUUUAUCUAUUAAAAGCUUAUAUACCUCCAUUGAAAUCAUUAUAUGGGUUAGAGUUGCCCGAUACUAAUGAAGAAUUAGAUAUGGAAUUGAAGAAACAAGAAUCCUUGCUCACUUAUUUAUGUGAACAAAUUCAACUGGAUGGUGAUAAAGGGAAUUCUGGUAAAGAAAAUAAUUUACGUAAUGUACAGCAUAUAAUGACAGAAUUAAAACGACGUAAAACUCUAACAGAUCCUGAAGCGAUUCGACAAGAAAUAAUUAAACAACAAGCAUACCUAGAUCAAUUACAUAAUUUAAUAAUACAGAGUAUAUCAAUACCAACUACUACUAUAGUUUCUGCUGCUACUACUACUGUCCCUGUUGGUGGUGAUGGAUGCUCAGGUACAUCGAGUGGAUCCAAAGAUAAUUGUAAUCAACGUCGAAAAAUUACUGGAACUGACAAACACUCAAAAGGUUAUCGCCAACAUUCGACAACCUUUGAGAAGAUUCCUUAUUCUGAUGAACUAUGGGAAGUUCAACGUGAAAUAACAACUCUUAAACGCAAGUUAAAACAACAUGAAAGGUCGAAAGCAUUACAACAAAACCAACAAUCAUCAUCAGAUAUGACAACAACGUCCACAUCAUCUUCAUCAUUAACAGGAACGAAUGAGUUAAAAUCAAAUUAUCCUUGUGUUAUGUUUAUGUCUGGUUCUCCAUUAGUUAUACCGUCCGUUUCAGAAUUAGAUCAAGAGGAAGUUCUUAAUUUAACGUUGAGAAAAUUACCAAUUGAACCAAUUACUUCAGUGACACAAUUAGUACCUACAACUUGUAAUAGUUGUUCAGAACAAUCAAUCAAUAAUGUUAAUAACCAUGAUAAAACAGAAUUUAUUGAACAAAUCUCAUCAUCAACAGUAACAUCAUUGGAAACAAUGACCACUACUACAAUUGGGACAGCAGUGGUCACAAGUGAUUGUGUACGUCAAGAAGAUAACCAUCAUAUUGAUAAUGAUGGUGAAGGCGGCAGUGGUGCUUAUGAUAUCAGUCACAAUACAUUAAAUGUAAAUAAUAUUGUACAAGAUGAAAAUAAUAACCACGAACAAGGACAUUUAAAAGAGAAUACUAUUGCUACUACAAUGAAUACAGACAAUGAGAAUAAAAAUAAUCAUAUGAAUGAUAAAUUCAUGUACGAACAAGACGUUUUGACUGUAAAAUCUAGUCAAAUGCCUAAUAUGAAUAAUCAAAUCGUUGAACAAGAAACCAAAUCUGUGGAUAUUUUACAUUCACCAUCAGAUCAAACUCCUACAGAAAUUAAUAACAAAACUAUUCCUAAUGAAUACACUCAGAAUAUAUUGAUCUCCAAUAAUACUAAUGAUAAUAAUAUUGAUAAUAAUAACAAUAAUAAUAAUACUAAUAGUAAUGUAUUAUAUCCUUGUGAAACAAUUUCGACUGUUGAUAACUCAAUUUAUUCUAUGAGUUAUUCACCCUCACUUCCACCACCAUCGGAUUUAGCACCAAAAUUGUCAGAAUUCAUUAAAACUUCUACAGUCGAUAUAAAUGAUUCGAAGUCACGUCAAAUUAUGUAUUAUAAAGCACGUAAACAAGAAUUGAUCGCAAUACAAACGGACUUACGUGCGAGAAUUCGUUCGGAAAAUGCAGAAAUUAGUCGACUACAGUCAUGUAUAAAUCACCUUCUAGAAUCUGGAGGUAGACGAGCUAAACGAAUAUAUCGUACCUAUAUGACAGCAAAACAUUUUUGUCCAGCUUGGUUGUUAAAUCAAAAUCCUAUUAUUUCAACACCACGUCAUACUUUAAGUAAUGAGGAUCAAAUGGAUCAUUAUGUAUCACAACCGUGGACUAAAAUAGCUGAAAGUUUAACAACUGUAAUCAAUGAUAAUGUUUUAGAUGAUGAUGACGAUCGUACUACUGCUACUACUCAAUGUAGUAGCAUUAAUAAUCAAAAGGAAAAGUGUUUACUCGAUGAAUAUUCAAGUGAUUCCGAUCGUCACAACCGUCAUCUUCAUUCUGCUAAUGACGAUGGUGAUUCGUUGGAAGAACCAAUUUUGACGAAUAGAGGUUCUUCACCUGAUUCAGUCGCUUAUUCACGACUAACUGAAGAAGAAAACGAUAUAAAUUCUGUACAAAAUGUACAACUUACAAAACAUGACCAAAACAAUGAUGAUGACGAUGAUGAUGAUGAAGAAGAAGAGUAUGAUGAUGAUGAAGAUGAAUGUGAACUAGAGUUAGCUACAACAUUACAUCAACUUACAUUGGAUAAUGCUCGUUUAGAACAACUCAAUGCUCGUUCGUUAGAAGCUAUACAAGCUGAACGAAAUCGCUGCGCCGAUUUAAAAGUUUUACUCAAACUUCGUCAUAAUUCCUACACUAAACCAAUAGGCACUAUUUAAUCGUCAACAAUCGGUAAUAACGAUGGUGAUGAUGAUGAUAAUAAUAAUAAUGAGAAAUUCGAACAUUCUGAUUCACUGUAUCCACAAUAUUGCGAUUCGAACCAACGAUCACCAUCACCGGUCACUGUAUAAGUCAUUCUGUAUCGUUGUUGUUAUUCUAAUGUUACUAUGAAGGUAUCUGUAUUCCAUUUAUUCACAUCCUUCUCAUUUUGAUUUUCUUUUUCUUCUUCUUUUUUUUGUUUAAUCAUGCAUUUAAUUUCAAUUUAUUUGAAAAUAGCUCAUUGUUUAUGCUUAUUAUGAAUAGAAUCUGUGAUUUACAAAACAUAAAAAAGGAGCAUAACUUUAAUUCUAUUCUUAAUGUUAGCCAAUUGUGGCAUUUACUGUAUGAAAUUUUGAUUAUUGUGUAUAUUUUAAACAAACGAAAUGUAAUAGAAACGAGAUCAUUAUUGUUAUUAUUAUUAGAUCAAUCAUAAGUAAAUACAGUGCAAAAGUCAUCACUGUAUAAUAUCAGCACUUACUUACUUACUUACGCCUGUUACUCCUAAUGGAGCAUAGGCC